UGUCUGUGUGCAGCCCAGGCCUACGGGGCUCCGGGCCUUCAGUGUUUUGGUCAGGAACAUGGAACCUCUGCCAGGAUGGGAGUCUUCACCCUGGAGCCAGGCCCCCACAGCCAACACCUUCAGGCUGGGGCUGUGUGUCUUCCUUUUGAACUUCCUGUCCUGUGUCGCUGUUGAGCCCUUAUGCAAAGAGGAGGAGUAUUCUGUGGGGGACCACUGCUGCCCCAUGUGCAACCCAGGUUACUAUGUGAAGCGAGCCUGCAGUAAUUGGACAGGCAUAGUGUGUGCCCCCUGUCCCCCACAGACAUAUACUGCACAUGCAAAUGGCCUGAGCAAAUGCCUAUCGUGUGGAGCCUGUGAUCCAGACAUGGGCCUAGUGACCUGGCGGGAGUGCUCCAGCCGGGAGGACACCGUGUGUCGCUGCAUCCCAGGCUACUUCUGUGAGACCCAGGAGGGAGACCACUGUUCCACAUGUAAUUACUUCCAGGACACUGUCUGUGCUGACUGCCCGACAGGGACCUUCUCACCUGGAGGGGCUCAGGAGGAAUGUCUUCCCUGGACCAAGUGCGAUGCAUGGUAUCUGAAAGCAGAACACGGGACCAGCAGCACAGAUGCCACCUGCUCCUACUCCGGGCUGUUCUACUUAGUUUGUGGCAGCAUUUUGGGCGUUAUUUUGGUGAUUGGCGCAAUAGUUGUUUUCUACGUUAUAAGAAAGAGAUCACAUACCAGACCGGCAGCCAGGGAAGUGGAGCUCUUGCAGAGGCAGGAAAAAGACAACACUGUCAAGCUUCCUGUCCUUGAGGUUGGGUCUGCUGAGGAGGAGACAGCUUUCAACCAUGUGAGUUCUGCGUGAUGAGAACCUUGGAGACCCUGGAUGGAAACUUCCAUACGCUGCGGAGCACGGCUGCUGCCCUGGGCUGCUCCGGCACCACACUGCAGUGGAGAUGUGGUUUGGGCUCAGAGUCAAGGAGUUGCUUUGCCAUUCUUACUGCCAAAUGGGGUCCAGGAGCCUCUACAUUUUCCAUCUAAACUCCUGGGAGGUGGUGACCCAAAGCCUCCAGUAUCAGUGACAGCUACCACUGACCCUACUGCCCGGCUAUUCCUGUCAGCUCACAGCAUUCGGUCUAAACCCUAGGCUGCUGCCUGCCCUGGAGAACAGGUGGGCUGGUGAGCGCGGGUCUGGGGAACACCCCGUGAGACAUGAACCAAGGGAUUCAUUUAUUUUGAGGGUCUGGGGCUGCAAUCCCAGACCUUGACCAUGCAAGGCUUUGCCACUGAGCUAUAUUCCCAGCUCUCUCUUCAUUUUUAUUUUGAGGCAGAAUUAUAUGAAAUUGUCUGGGAUCACUUUGGACUCAUUCUGCACCUUGGGCAAGCCUCAAACUUGACCUCUCUACCUCAGCCUUUCAAGUAACUGUGAUUACCUCAGUGGGCCUCCAGGCUGGGACAAGAUUUUUUUCUGUUCUUCUC